AAUUGAGAACUAGCAUGGAAGUAACAGAAGCUCGAAAAGAAGACUAUGUGUUUAAAAUAAUCAUCGCGGGUAGCUCAGGGUCUGGUAAAUCUGCCAUUUCAAGACGAUAUUUCCAUAAUACGUUCAGUGACAACCUUGGGUUCACAAUUGGGGUUGAAUUUGACGAAAAAGUUGUCGAAAUUAAUACUCAAAGUCCACAUAAUAGCACUGUCAAAAUCCAAUUAUGGGAUUGCUCGGGAAAACAUACUUAUGCAGAGAUCGCUAAAAAGCACUUCAAAGGAGCCAUAGGAGCUAUCAUUGUCUACGAUGUGACGGAUACAAAUUCGUUCAGAGACAUACUCAUUUGGAAAGAAGAGAUCCAAAAAGAAGCUGAAGAAAGCUGUGAGUUCAUGAUCAUGCCUAAUAAAUGAGAUUUCACCAUGAAAUAUCCAAGAAUGAAGCAGAUCCCUAAUGAGAAAGGCCGCCAGCUUGCAGAGGAAGAAGGAAUGAUUUUUAGUGAAGAAUGCAGUGCUAAAUAAAAACAUUAAUAUAAAAGAGUCCAUUGAUGCCUUUGUAAUUCAUAUUUACAACAAACAAGUUGAGAUGUCCUCUAGCAGAUCGAGAGGUAUUCCAAAUCUCUCACAUCAUCUCAGAAUGGCUCCUGAGGAGAGGGUCAGAAAGGAAAAGAAAUCAUGAAUUAUCUUCUAAACAAUUUUGAGGUCUUAUUCAUGCACAAAAACAGAGCUAAUGUA